UUCCGGCAGUAAGAGCUGUCAGUUCUAAAGCUUCUCAAGCGAAGAAGCUCGUGUAAACCGGAUAAUGAGAACUAGGGUUUUGUAUCGGUAAUGUUCCUGGUUCGAGGGUUUUUUCCUGAAUUCGGUUGCUGUUGAAUAUUAAGGAUACUUUGAAGACUAUCGGAGAAGACGGGAGAGAAAACAUGUACAGCGGUUCCAGCGAUGGAGAAGGUCACGAAGCAGUGCCAAGGAAGAUCCCACCAGCAUCCUCAAUGUUGUGGGUUCGCAACCUUCGUAGGUUCAUUGGAUCCGGCGCCGGUCUGGGAUCCGAAGCUCUGAUGGAGCUUGAAACAAAGAGAAUAUUGCUUGACAUUUUUAAAGAAAAGCAACAAAAGAAUGCUGAAGCUGGCACUAUUCCAAGCUUCUACAGAAAGAAACCUGAAGAAGGAUCUAUUAGUCACAGGGUUCAAAGGCUGGCAAAGUACCGUUUUCUGAAGAAGCAGUCAGAUCUUUUGCUCAAUGCUGAUGAUCUAGAUGCCAUGUGGGUUUGCUUAAGAGAAAAUUGUGUCAUUGAUGAUGCCACUGGUGCUGAGAAGAUGAACUAUGAAGAUUUCUGCCAUAUUGCAUCUGUAUGUACAGAUCAAAUAGGCCCAAAAUGUCGACGUUUUUUCAGCCCUUCAAAUUUCAUGAAGUUUGAGAAAGAUGAGUCUGGAAGAAUUGCCAUCCUCCCAUUCUACCUUUAUGUGAUGCGCACGGUUUCACUUACUCAGGCAAGAAUUGAUAUGAGUGAGCUUGAUGAAGAUUCUGACGGUUUCCUCCAACCUCAUGAAAUGGAAGCCUACAUAAGAGGCCUUAUCCCUAAUCUGGCACAGUUACGUGAUAUGCCUGCGGGUUUUGUUCAAAUGUACUGCCGCAUAGCUGCCCAUAAAUUCUUUUUUUUCUGUGAUCCUCACAGACGAGGUAAAGCAUGCAUAAAGAAGGUGCUGCUUAGUAACUGCCUCCAGGAACUUAUGGAAUUGCAUCAGGAAAGUGAGGAAGAAGUCACUGAUACUGAGCAAGCCGAGAAUUGGUUUUCUUUGACAUCCGCACAACGGAUAUGUGAUAUGUUUCUGGCUCUAGAUAAAGAUAUGAAUGGGACUUUGAGCAAGCAGGAGCUUCGAGAAUAUGCGGAUGGGACUCUGACAGAAAUUUUCGUUGAGCGGGCAUUUGAUGAACAUGUCCGACGUGGGAAAAGCGGAGGUGGUAAUUCCAGGGAAAUGGAUUUUGAGAGCUUUCUUGACUUUGUUCUGGCUCUGGAAAACAAAGAUACACCAGAAGGAUUGACAUAUUUGUUUCGGUGUCUUGAUCUUCACGGACGGGGGUUUCUUACGACAGCUGAUAUCCAUACACUUUUUAGAGAUGUGCACCAAAAAUGGAUCGAGGGAGGAAACUAUGAGCUGUGUAUCGAGGAUGUAAGGGAUGAGAUCUGGGAUAUGGUGAAACCAUCAGACCCACUAAGGAUUACACUGGCUGAUCUCCUUGCUUGCAAACAGGGUGGGACUGUUGCCAGCAUGCUUAUAGAUGUCCGUGGUUUCUGGGCCCAUGACAACAGAGAGAAUCUUCUUCAAGAAGAGGAAGAGCCUGAAGAAGAAGGAUGAACCUGUUGGUUCUUCUGAGUUACUGCUUCUGCUGGCAAUGUAUGAACUUGUAAUUUUUACUAGCAUAAACAUUCAAUUUAUUGUAAUUUGAAAGAGAAUGGUCAGCAUUAUGUAGAACAUGUAGUUAUGUAAAUACAGCUAAAGAUUGGUUGGAUUUCUGGACAAUCCGAAAAGAAAAGGAUC